AUGUUAGAAUUUGUGUCUUUUUUGCUGUCCCUGUUGCUAUUGCAACCGGUUUUAGGUUACAGACCUGUAAUCCAUCCAAAGGAGAAGGAGACAACGUCUGAGGAACCAAAACCAUGGAUCCGUACAGUUUACUCGACUAAGGUUGAAAUUGUUACACCUACGGUUAUUGCUGGUGUUACAUUUUCCGCCAAGCCAUUGGCUACUCCUGAUCCUUUACUGCCUUGGGUUUCUUUACAAAAGGAUGGUAGACCAAAAACUAUCAAGCCUGAAAUCAAGAAUGGGCAUACCAGAAAGGGUCGCCCUGAUUAUUCCACCUACUUCAAGACCGCCACCAUUCACAAAUACACUUAUGAUGAACUGAAGGCUCAUAAUAUGGAUCCAAACGAUGUUUAUGAAGAAGAAGUCUGGUUGGAUGAGGACGAUACCUAUGUAUCCUUGAACCCCGUUAUCAGAUGUACUCCAAACCGUUAUGUCAAUAAGAAACAAGAUAUUGUUGAAGGUCCAUUCUGUACUCCUAAGGAAAACUCCAGAUUUAAAGUCGGUUCAACAUAUUUUGUCACUUGGUUUACGAAGUUCUUCGAAGAGCCUACCACAGGAAAAGUGGCUGAUAAAGUUCGUCUACAUAUCUCAUAUGUUAAGGAAAAGGCCCGCGAGAAAGGUUAUCACAGAAGAGCUCUUCCAGCCACUUUUUACACUUCUGAAUGGUUCCAUAAUGUCGAUGGUCUUUACGCUAUUGAACCCGAAAACGAUUGGUUAGGCAAAGAAUAUGAACGUCGUGUUGUUAUCUCUAUUCAACCAGACUAUAUUCCAGAUGAUGAGUUUGAUCCUCUCGAGCACGGUGUAUUACUUUAUCUCAUCAAGGGAACCAAGGUGGCCAAGAAGACCAAGGAUGAACUGAGAUUGGAAGAUGCAGGUAUCAGUGAUGAUACUUGGUACUAUGUUGCUUUAACUAUUCCAACAUUAGUUGUUGUUGCCUUGGUAUUCAUGUACUUCUUUUUGUAUCUGAAUAAGGGUAACAGAGAUUUCUCGGAUAUUACAAUGCAGGAAAUGAAAAAGAAGCACCGUGUUUUAGGUAAAAUCUCUGAUAUGAAGGGAUUCAAAAAGUUCAAGAAUCAUAAAUACAGUGAGCUUCCAACCUUCCAAAAGACUGAUAAACAGAGUUAG